GAACCACCGUCUCAUGAACCCCCUAUAAAUAGGGGGCCUCUCUUCCUCUAAUCAUCAUCCAGACAGCUGCUCCUGUGUCAAGACUGAAACAGAGUCGGGGGAUAUACUAAACAGAGGAUGAAGAUGAGAAUGGCUGCUCACGAGGGAAGGCAUCAUCAUGGUCCACGUCCUCAUCAUGGGAUGGGUAACGGAGGUGGACAUGGGCACCAUGGCGGGCAUGGUCCCCAUGUAGGAGGGCUUAUCUUUGGGCAUGGUCUCAGAGGACAUGGGGCUCAUGGUCAUGGACAUGGACGUGGGCAUCACCUGAGGGGUCUGUUAGGAGAUGGGCAUGGUCUCAUAGGACAUGGGGGUCAUGGUCAUGGACAUGCGCAUCAAGUGAGGGGUCGUUUAGGCCAUGGGCACGGACUUUUCAAAGAUGGUCAUCAUGGUCAUCGCCAUGGUCACGGCCACGGUGACAAAGGGAGGCGCCAUGCGCAUGGCCGGUGGGGGAGGCGUCAUCACUAUAUGGGGCAACCGGAACAAGAACAGGAACAGGAACAGGAAGAGGUGGCUGCGAUGCCCACUUCGAUUACUGAGCAGCUCGGUACUCUCGCUCCCACAGCCGACUAGAGAGGACGCUUGGAGCUGGGGCUUGGACGAUAAGGACGCCGUGUCAGCAAUAAUGUGUCUUGGGGAUUUCGCGCUUUGGUUCCUCCCAGUAACCAUUGCCGGUUUUAUCAUUUAGGGUGUAAUUUCGUUGGAUGAUCAGAUUCAGCGGUCGAAGUGUUGUGGAGGUUAAUGGAAGUUUCUUUUUACUGUUUGUGUACCAACAUGAUACCACGGUACACUAAAUAUUACGUGAUGAUAUCGGUCAUCUGAGGUGCGGAACAGAUGAUUCGAUAUGUUUUAUGCAGAAGAUUUGAAGGUUCUGAAUUAGAAAUGAUAUGGUCUGAGCU